AUGAGGACUCUUCCUGGGGAUGCGCGAUACACUCGCUUCACGCACGGAAAAGAACUGUCCAAGGCUGGUCAGGCCAUGUCUGGCGAUGAUCCUUAUCUGUUGCGAAACAAGUCGAAGCGCGACCUCGUCCUCCAUACUCCGGCGCAGAUGAGAGACUUUUUCAAAGGAGAUGGAAAACUCCACACCAAGCAGCAGGAUGCAAGCAUGGGCGCGUACUUCCUUCGCAGUCUGGGCCAGUGUGUAGGAGCACAAAAUGGACCACGCUGGCACCAAACUCGCUACCACUUGGAACAGUUCUUCUCCGCUAUUGAAGCUGCAUCCAUGAUUACAGAUUUCCAGCGGGUUUUGAAUAACUGGGCGCAAACACUGCCGGAUAAUGCAGCAUCGCAGCAGAUAGGCGACAGGAAGUUCCUGACCGACAGCGUUGAAAUAUGUCGACAGCUUCCUUUUCGUAUGAUUGCGAUGUGUCUUUACGGAAACAUGCUAACCAGCGAGCGAUUCGAUACGCUGUGGCGCCUCAACAAGGUCCAUGAGAAGGUCACGCAGUAUACGUUCUUUGGCACAUGGGAGAAUAUGCCUUAUUAUCAUCUGCUUCCCACUGCAGCAAAUAGAGUCCUGGCUGAGUAUGAGCAUGGAUGGAAGGAAUUUAACCUGGAAAUCAUCAACGCAGCUAGAAAGAGCAACACUUCCUGUCGAGCAGCACGCAUGUUCCAAGUUGUUGAAUCGGGUGACAUGACAAUGGACAUGUACCUUCAAUCUCUAGAUGAAAUCCUGUUCACCAACAUCGAUGUCACGUCCGCCCAGUUUGCCUACGGAUUGAUCAAUAUGGGCAAGUCUGCAGCAGCUGGACGAAGACUAUACGACGAGGUCAGCACUGUUGCUGUCGAAGAAGACGAAAUCGACUUUUACGCCCGAAAGGACGAUACAUUCCUGCACAAGAUGUAUCUGGAGAUUCUACGAAGCAAUCCGCCCAUCUGGUUCACCUUCCCCGAAACCACCGCGGUCGAGAAACGAAUCGACGGAUUCCUCAUCCCAGCCGGUACCAACGUGGUUAUUGACACACUUCGACUGAAUAAAUCAUCUCCGAUCUGGGGAAACACCGGCCACGAGUUCCACCCCGAACGAUGGGAUCAUAUCACCACUGGACAGGCGCGGUAUAGCUGGCUGGGGUACGGCAUGGGCCCGAGAAAGUGUCUGGGAAAGAACUUUGCCAAUAUCAUCCUGAAGCUGUUCCUGAUCUCGGUCAGUCGGCACUUCACCCUGGAUGCAGGAGAGGGUGCCGUUCAGAUCAAGAGGGAUCGGUUUACAUGCGUGCCGGAGCAGUUGGUCGUGUUUGAACAGCGGUAG